GUCCGGACAUAACCUCUCUCUCUCUCUCUCUCUCUCUCUCUCUCGUGAGAAAUGAAUGUGGAUGAGAACUUCGCAGGGUGAGAGAGACGGAUCGGAGGUUUCGUUUUGUUUAUCUUGAUUGGCAUCUAAAAAACUUAACCAGGAAGAUUUCUGCGGCCGCUGAUCCGUUCGCGACAUUCAGGAGGAAAAAUGGAGGCUGCCGAUCUCUGGGCAUCGAGAUUUGCCGCUGCAAAGAGACAAUACUCCUUGCAUCACAACUCUCACCCAGGAGGAGAUCGGCGGAGCCUAAUGGAUGAUUUGGAAUCGGAGGAGGAGCUUCGUCCGGACUUCCCUUGCCCUUAUUGCUACGAGGAUUACGAUAUUGCAUCGCUCUGCUCUCAUUUGGAAGAUGAACAUCCUUCCGUCGACUCUAGAGCCGCCGUAUGUCCAAUUUGUCUGGUUAAGGUGCCAAGGGACUUGCUCAACCAUAUCAUGCUACAACACAGGCGACAACGGCUGCGGAAAGUGGCUCUUUCAAGUAGUCAAGCUUCGUCCCUGCUUGGUUAUGAUCUUCGUGAAGCCCAUCUAUCAGUCCUUUUGGGAGGUGGAGGUGGUGGAGGUGGUGGAGGAGGGUAUCGUCUAAGUGGCAUCAACUCAUCAGGCACUAGCGUUUUGGUCAAUGACUCACUUCUCUCAACACUUGUUCUGAACUUUGCAUCGCCUGAACCGGAAGAGGCUUCCAAAGCUUUCGCUUCAAGUGUUGAUGACUUCCUGAAAAAGAGCGCGCCUUCAAGCCAGUCUUGGAAGUCUAGUUGCGAGUUGGGCUGGAGCUCCACCUUACGGCUGUUUCCUGCCUUUUUUACGUCCCUGAUUCAUGAGAUAGUUAAGAUCAGAAAGGCAAAUCUCACUGUCUUUACUCUUUAGUUGUGCAGAUUUUGGAACAAUUUUUUUAGGUUUUCUUUCUUACCUUAAAUAGAUAAGCUGGAUUUUACCUGCAUGUGUUCAUCUUGGAACUGACUUCAAUAUCUGCCAAAAACAGGUGGUUCAGACUUCCCAGAGAGAAAAUGCAUUGUAUUGUAUAUUUUGUUGUAUUUAUUCCAAUCCUAUGGUUGGAUUAUCUAAUCUUCACUAGAAAUUUUAGAUUGGUGAUGGGGAUGGGUACUGUACUAUUUUUGGCACCAUUCGUUACUCUCUGGUUUAUGGUUGUGAAUUCUCUCCAAACAAGUAUUGGCACUACAAAAUUUUGUUAUUUGACAUCUCACUUGGUGUCCUCUGGAUUCAUCAUAUCUGAUGCCUCCAGAUUUUGUUGUUCAAACUUUUAAUGGUGUUUUCAUCAACAUUAUAGACAUGUAACGUUUGGUAGUCAGAUCAAAGCAUGGUACUUGCUAGGAAUUGAAACCUUAGAACGUAUUUUCUCCAUUGAGAAGCUGAUGAGUCGUGGCUAGUGUCCUCUUAUUGUCUCUUUUCUCUUCCUUCAGUGUAGGAUCCAAUACUGAUUUAUAUGGUAGGGAUGUGGGAGAUCCCUCUAUUAGAAGCAUGAGGCCAUUAAAUAUCUCCAGUGAUGCCUUUGUCUUGUCAAGUUUUGCCUUUCCUAUCUUCUGCAGGCUCAGGCUUUUUCUCAUCAUUUCUUUCUUUUCUUUUCCUUCUUUGUUAUUAUUUGCUUGUCUUCCCUCUUUGUUCUUCUUAUGCUAUCUCUUUUAUAUUCGUAUCUUCCUCUCAAUCUUUAUACGUUCCUUUUACUUAUUUUAUCUAUUUCUUUCUGUUAUCUUUCUCCUAUCUCUUCCAUUUUACCUCCUCUCUAUGCCUCUUUUUAUUUAGUAAACUCCUAGUUCCAGCUUGUGAGAAUUGCUGGCAUCCACGUAGAUGUCUCCACCCAAUUUUCCAUUUUUAGGUGAUUGUUGAGGUUCCUUUACAGAUGUAACAAUUUUACUUCAGCUAACGUGGAUUCAGUAUUUCCCUGGCCCUACUGCUACAGACAAAACGUGAGAUUAAUACUUUAUAGUUUAUGCAUUCUCAUGCCGCUCCCUGGAUGUUGCCUUAAAUAUGUCCUAUUAUUUUGAUAAUGUUUUUCCUAAAAUAACGAAGUGGUCUUUUUUUCCUUUUCUGAAAAAAUGCCAUAGACUCGAAACAUGGAAGUAACAUGCAUAAGGUAAUAUGCACCCCUUGAUUGAUUUCACAAGAAGAACCAGAGGAAGGAAAUUGAUGAAACAAUUCUUUCUUCAAAUUCAAUACAUGAUUGAUCAACAAAUGCUUAAUACUGACUAGUUGGGUUGUAUUGAACUGUUAGAGCAUCAAAGGUGCUAACUUAAGUGAUGACAUAAUUUCUUUUAUUUGCUUGGGGGGAGAAUGUAGUUUAUAUUGCUUAAGUUUCAUAGCAAAUACAUUGAAUUAUGAAAUGUAGGAUGACAAAGUGGUUUCCAUUUUUUAAAAAUUACAAUCAAGAAACUGUGUCUGGGAACUUCAGCUGCAGUAUUUGUGCAUGCGGAUGAUUGUUGUCCAACUGUUAACAUGAAUCACACUGGAGUACUUGGAAGCCAGGACUGCAUGCAGUAUUGUCCUAGGGAUGCUAGAAGAGCAAACUUUGUGUCUAUAAUUUAAGAGACUAGAUCUUUGUUUUUCCUUGACUGAAUCACUUUGAACUAUGGCAGGAGCUACUUGAUAUACAUGGAUGUAAUCUCCAAAAGCGAAGCCAUUAGCAUGCUUGAUUUGCUAUCUAUAUCUUAAAGUUGACUGACCCAAUAUAUCUUAGACUACUUCUGGUUAAUUUUGAAAAUUAAAAAAAAAAAAAAAAACAGGCCCAGUUUUUGAAGGGAUAACAAAAUCAUGCUCAGGUUUGAAUAUGUUACAUUUAACCACCUGAACUACAUAAGAAGGAGGUGCUAAAUGGAGAAAAUUCAAACUUAAUCUUGUUUCUGUUAAUACAACCAAAAGUAUAGGAAAUUUUCGUAAGAUUUUAUUCAUAAAUUUUGUGCAUUUGACCUUUUUCUAUUUCAGAAAAUGAUUUCAACAUUAUAUUAGGCAUGUGAAUGCCUCCUUAUAGAUAGUAAUUGAACGUUGGUACACACUCGAAGAGUUUGAUCUUGCAGUUGAUGAUCAGAUCAAUGAAAACAAGCGCAUCCCGCUGUAUGAUAUCUUGGUGCAGAACCACCACAUGUUUUCUAUUUCUUUCAUUCUAGCGUGUGAUUGUAAGAUGGUUAUCAUUUUGAUCAAUUACCAACGAUGUAAAUAUGCAACAUGAUCUGUUUCAAGGUAAUUGGACGUGCUUGCGUAAUUCAGUGCUUUGGAAAGGCAACGGAUAAAUUCCAUGGCCUUUUUUUCCUUUUUCUGUUUAGAUGGACAUCACACCCCUCGCUUUUAAUCUUUCCUUGAUUUGUCUACUUGCCUUCUCAAA